AUGAGGAAGCGUUCUGGUUACAUGCGGGGAUACCGCGUUAAGGUCCUCGCUCACGGCCUCCCAUUCAUCCUCCAGUGGAGGGGAGUCCAACGCGGUAUGCAGUCCACUACGGCGAAAAUUGAGAGGGGAUGUGGCGGCUUUUGCGUUUUUGGCGACUACGGCCCGAUGUAUACCGUUGACGACACCUACCGGGUUGAGGACUCGACUAUUGAGCUCAGCUUCGACCAUUCCGUCCUCACGGCUACAACACCAUACCCUCCCCAUGAUACUACGGAAACACCAGAGAUGCCGGGGACGGGGGCGCCUGCAGAGUCUACUACUACCGAGGCCCCUGUAGAAGAAUCUACUACUGAAGCCCCCGUAGAAUUGUCCACUACUGAGGCCCCCGUAGAUGCGGCCACUACUGAGGCCCCUGUUGACGAGUCUACUACUGGCGCCCCUAUAGACGAGUCUACUACUGGCGCCCCUAUGGACGAGUCCACUACUGAAGCUCCUGUAGGUGAGGCUACUACCGAAGUCCCUGUAGAUGUGUCUACUACUGAGGCCCCUGUAGACGAGUUCACUACUGAAGCCCCUGUUGGUGAGUCCACUACUGAGGCCCCUGUUGACGAGUCUACUACUGAGGCCACUACUGAAGAGUUUACUACUGAGGCCGCUGUAGAUGACUCUACUACUGAAGCCCCUGUUGGUCAGUCUACUACCGAGGCUCCUGUAGACGGGUCUACUACUGAAGCCCCAGUGGACGAGUCUACUACUGAGGCCCCUGUAGACGAGUCCACUACUGAGGCCCCUGUAGACGAGUCUACUACUGGCGCCCCUAUAGACGAGUCUACUACUGGCGCCCCUUUAGACGAGUCCACUACUGAAGCUCCUGUAGGUGAGGCUACUACCGAAGCCCCUGUAGAUGUGUCUACUACUGAGGCCCCUGUAGACGACUCCACUACUGAAGCCCCUGUAGACGAGUCUACUACUGAAGCCCCUGUAGACGAGUCCACUACUGAAGCCCCUGUAGACGAGUCCACUACUGAAGCCCCUGUAGACGAGUCUACUACUGAAGCCCCUGUAGGCGAAUCUACUACUGAAGCCCCUGUUGGUGAGUCCACUACUGAGGCCCCUGUUGACGAGUCUACUACUGAGGCCACUACUCAAGAGUUUACUACUGAGGCCGCUGUAGAUGACUCUACUACUGAAGCCCCUGUUGGUGAGUCUACUACCGAGGCUCCUGUAGACGGGUCUACUACUGAGGCCCCUGUAGACGAGUCCACUACUGAGGCCCCUGUAGACGAGUCCACCACUGAGGCCUCUGUUGACGAGUCUACUACUGAGGCCCCUGUAGACGAGUUCACUACUGAAGCCUCUGUAGGUGAGGCUAUUACCGGAGCCUCAGUAGAUGUGUCUACUACUGAAUCCCCUGUAGACGAGUCCACUACUGAGGCCCCUGUAGAUGCGGCUACCACUGCAACCCCUGUUGGUGAGUCCACUACUGAAGCACCUAUAGGUGAGGCUACUACUGAAGCCCCUGUGAAUGAGUUUACUACUGGCGCCCCUAUAGACGAGUCCACUAGUGAAGCUCCUGUAGGUGAGGCUACUACCGAAGCCCCUGUAGACGAGUCCACUACUGAGGCCCCUGUAGACGAGUCCACUACUGAGGCCCCUGUAGACGAGUCCACUACUGAGGCCCCAGUGGACGAGUCCACUACUGAGGCCCCUGUAGACGAGUCCACUACUGAAGCCCCUGUAGAUGAGUCUACUACCGAGGCCCCUGUAGACGAGUCUACUUCUGAGGCCCCUGUAGACGAGUCCACUACUGAAUCUCCUGUAGGUGAGGGUACCACUGAAGCCCCUGUAGGCGGGUCCACUACUGAAGCCCCUGUAGGUGAGGCUAGUACUGAAGCCCCUGUAGAUGUGUCUACUACUGAAUCCCCUGUUGGAGAGUCUACUAGUGAAGCACCUGUAGGUGAGGCUACUAGUGAAGCCGCUGUAGAUGAGUCCACUACUGAGGCCCCUGUAGACGAGUCCACAACUGAAGCUCCUGUGGAUGAGUCUACUACUCCUACAGCCACCCUGACUGAGUCUAUGACUACUGGAGCCUCUUCAAUGGUGUCCACCACUGAAUCCUCUAUGAUGGAGGCUACUAGCACUGGAGCUCCGGUAGUUACCAGUGCGCCUUCUAUUGGCGACUUCACUGAUGCUCCUCCCAUCCUCCCGUAA